UCACCCCUUCUGCUGCUCUCUUUUCAGCUUUACCGCCCACUUUGUGCCUGCUCCUGAAUGGAAGUAACCGCAUCCUUUGACACUCUUCCUUGCUCGCCUUGGAGUGUGAGAAGACUUUUGCAUUCCCUCCACAGCAGGGCAGAGAGAAAAAGAAGCGCGGAUCGAGGAGAAAAAAAUGAGAGGUGUUUGAGGGGGUCCCCUUUCUCUGGAGUUUUUAUUUUUUGAGGAACUUUCUCUCGAGUUCUCGAAUCGUCGCUUUAUACCCUUCAAUUUUUUUGUUUGACCCUUUUAUCAGCAAUGGUAUGGUGGGGGGCUGAUGGUGGCUUUUUUCUCUCUGGAAUCUAAAGCCACCUUUGAGAAAUAGCAAAGAAAAGAAAGGGUGGGGAGGUUCGGUAGGCUGCUUUGCUUCUCUCUCUUCUUUCAUCUUUUUAUCCUGCAUUCUGGUCUCCUUCUCUUUUGGUCGGCGAGGGUUUCGAGUCUGCUUGGAGUGGAAAUUCAGGGGAAGUUUGGAGGAUUUUGUAGGAGGUUUUUGAUUGAAGGGAGGAAGAAGAUGGCCGGAGCGGCGCCGCCGCCGAAGCAGGAGGAGUUGGUGCCCCACCCAGUGAAGGAUCAGCUUCCCAAUGUUUCCUACUGCAUCACCAGUCCUCCUCCAUGGCCGGAGGCUAUCCUUCUAGGUUUCCAGCACUACCUAGUUAUGCUUGGCACCACUGUUAUCAUUCCUACUGCUCUUGUUCCUCAGAUGGGUGGAGGAAAUGAUGAGAAGGCUCGGGUGAUCCAGACGUUACUGUUUGUGGCCGGCUUGAACACUCUGUUACAGACCUUCUUUGGAACUCGUUUACCUGCUGUGAUUGGAGGCUCGUAUAGCUUUGUUCCCCCUACCAUCUCUAUCAUCCUGGCUGGCCGUUAUAGUAACAUCGCAGAUCCUCAUGAGAAAUUUCUGCACAUCAUGCGGGGAACCCAAGGUGCCCUUAUUGUUGCUUCAACUCUUCAGAUUAUAUUGGGUUUCAGUGGGCUAUGGCGUAAUGUUGCAAGAUUUCUAAGUCCACUCUCAGCUGUACCUCUUGUUGCUCUGGCCGGAUUUGGGCUCUAUGAGCUUGGUUUCCCUGGAGUUGCAAAAUGCAUUGAAAUUGGACUUCCACAGUUAAUAAUGCUGAUAAUAUUUUCUCAGUACAUACCCUAUGCUGUACAUUCACCAAGACCUGUCUUUGACCGGUUUGCCGUCAUAUUCUCUGUUGCAAUUGUUUGGCUAUAUGCUGUCAUACUCACUGUGGGCGGGGCAUAUAGGAAUGCAGCACCGAAAACUCAACAGCAUUGUCGCACUGAUCGUUCUGGACUUGUUGGUGCCGCUCCUUGGAUCAGAGUUCCAUAUCCUUUUCAAUGGGGAGCACCAACAUUUGAUGCAGGUGAAGCUUUUGCAAUGAUGGCUGCUUCAUUUGUCGCUCUUGUAGAGUCAACCGGUACUUUUAUUGCGGUUGCAAGGUAUGCAAGUGCUACACCAAUGCCCCCUUCCAUUCUCAGUCGUGGUGUUGGUUGGCAGGGGAUUGGUAUCUUGUUGGAUGGGCUAUUUGGAACAGCUAAUGGCUCCACAGUAUCUGUAGAAAAUGCUGGUUUGCUAGCCUUGACACGUGUUGGCAGCAGAAGGGUUGUGCAAAUUUCUGCAGGCUUCAUGAUAUUCUUUUCCAUUCUUGGAAAAUUUGGAGCAGUUUUUGCAUCCAUUCCAGGACCAAUAAUUGCAGCUUUAUAUUGCAUUUUCUUUGCGUAUGUUGGUGCAGCUGGUCUCAGUUUCCUUCAAUUCUGCAACCUCAACAGCUUUCGGACAAAAUUUAUCUUAGGUUUCUCUGUGUUCAUGGGUUUGUCUGUUCCACAAUAUUUCAAUGAGUACACAGCGGUUGCUGGCUAUGGUCCAGUGCACACUGGUGCAAGAUGGUUCAAUGAUAUUGUCAACGUGAUAUUCUCUUCGGAAGCAUUAGUUGCGGGCCUUGUGGCAUAUUUCUUGGACAACACCCUGCACAGGCAUGACAGCGCAAUCAGAAAGGACAGGGGCCGUCACUUCUGGGACCGAUUCAGAUCCUUUAAUGCAGACAGCAGAAGUGAGGAAUUUUAUUCAUUGCCGUUUAACCUGCAUAAAUUCUUCCCAUCCGUGUGAGCAUGCAGCUACGCAGUAUUGAACACGAAAUGUCCUUGUAGGAUUUUUAUUUUGGUCGCGAUGUUACAAAUGUUGUUGUUUUCUAUUCCUACUUCUGUGACCAGAAGGAUUCCUAAGGGUUUUUCUCCGCCGCUGCCGCCGGCAGCGCCCCCGCCCCCCACUUUGUUUUGUGUGUGUAUGCGCUCCUUUUGUAUGUUUGAUAGGUAAAAUAGAUGAAGUCAAUAACAUUAUUGCUGCAUGUAUGUUGCAAUGUCGAAGUAGACAAAAUAUCAAAGGGGUAAUGAAAUCCUUGUUACCGUUGUCGCAGGUAGUA